AUGCCUCAAGAAAUCUUCUCCUAUAGCAAUGAUCAUGUCCUCCAAAAGGUCUCAGUGACAGUUCUAUCCGAUGACCCCCAACCAGGCUAUUGGGUGAUAUUCAUACAUGGCGGCGCCUGGCGAGACCCAAGUAAAACAUUCGCCGACCUCGCCGCCGCCGAGACUUUGCUUUGCACCGCCGAGCCAUACACCUCGACCGUCCUGCCGCACAUCGCCGCGUUCGCCUCUAUCGAGUACAGGCUCAGCGCGCACCCGGAGCACCCACAGGACCCAGUAGCGACACCGCCAAGCCAGUUUCGAAACGCGAGACAUCCGGACCAUCUUGCGGAUGUCGAAUCGGCGCUUGCCCUUCUGCAGGGCCGGUACGGGUUCGGCGAGCGGUACGUGCUUGUCGGGCAUAGCUGCGGAGCGACCCUUGCAUUUCAAACUGUUAUGCGUCACUUGGGCGGAUAUGAUGAUCAUUUCCGGCAUCGAAAUCUUGCGCAACCGUCAGCUAUACUGGGGGUGGCGGGCAUUUAUGAGUGUAGGUUACUCCGCGACCACUUUAGCGGGAUCAGCGCGUACCAGGACCUUUUCGAGGGCGCCUUCGGCCCGGACGAGACGUUGUGGGAUGCCGUGUCGCCGGCAAAAGUUGGUUCGGGGUUUGAUGGCAUCCAAGGUGGCUGGACGGCCGGGAAGCUGGCUGUGCUGGCCUACUCGGCGGAAGACGAGUUGGUGGAUACGUCGCAGGCGGAGGCGAUGGAGGAAGCGUUGAGAUUGUGGACCAGCUCUGCGUCACAGGAGGAGACACGGCGAACGGUCAUGCUGCCGGUAAAAGGCCGGCAUGAUGAGAUCUGGGAAAAGGGAGAAGAACUGGCGAGGGCCAUCGCAUUCACUCUGACAGAGUUGCAGAAAAUGUAGAUAGACUCGCUUAGGGGAAAGGGGAGGGUUUACAACCAUUACUAGGAGAAUGAAUACCGAGGGUUCAUAUGAAUGCUGUCAUAGACUAGCCUAUUGAUUACAUGCAACACAUUAGAAGAGAAAAGGCCGGCCGUUUUUAGUGCGCGCCAACGCCAUCAAUGUUCGUCAUCAUCAUGCCACAACAGUGAAAAUCAUUGGGAAAAAAAAACACAUAAGAGAAUAGUAAACCCCGGUACGCCUGUUGGUCUCUUCAUAGAGAAAUA